GGGAACAGACAGCAAGACCUCUGCGAGUAAGAAUGAAUGUUAUUCAUUUAUUGCUGUGUUUUCUCUCUGAGUUACUGGAUUGUAAAGGAUAACGUUUCGCCGGUUAGCUUGUACAUUGCUCUGUGGCUAGGCCCUCAUCAUUCGCGGAUUAUUGAUACGGUGUAACGGUGAUCUUUGAUCCGGGUUUUCCAGCGUUGAGACGGCGCGAGCAGCACAGUUAAACCCGGCGCGUCAAACGAGCCUCCAUCCACAUGUUUUUACUUUGAUGGAUCUAUCUAUGGUCUCUAUCCAGAGAUGCGAGAGGAGAAAUGGACAACAAGGACUGAGCUGAAACUCUUACCUCUUUUUGCAAGAAGAGCCAACAGUGCACAAAGCUAUCAGAUCACAGCAGUCAUUAAGUUUCACUGCUGCGGUAAGUGCGGCUGGACUUUAUAGUAUACUGGGACACUAAAAAUCCUCCAGGACAGAUCCUGUCUGUUAGAAUUGUUUCUUUGUCACCACGUGGUUUUGUUUGGCACAUUCACCAAUGCGUCGAUGGAAAGGGUUUUUGAGCAAGUACCUGCGAUGGUCCAGCACAGUCACACAAGCUCUCGUCCUGUCCAUCAUCACAUUUUGUGUCAUACUUCCUCUGUGCUGCCAUCGGCUGUUGUACUCUUACUACUUCAUUAAGUCCAUGUACCUUGAUUCUAUGAGUGAAGCGGUCCUGCGGCAAAGCUUAGGACGAGGUCAGGAAGCUCUGCGCUUCUGGCAAAGCUCUUCCACUGCAGCAUCAUCCAGACUCAGCAACAUCACCCAGCAUCCUGAACUGCUGGUCACGGUGGUGACAGCCAGGCGGAGUGAGGCGCAGGCCUACCACUAUCUGCUCCAGGUAAUGAUGCAGCUGAGUAGCAUUGUGGGAAGCUGUGGGGAGCGGAAGUGUGCAGAGGUGCUGGUCUGUGAUGUUGAAAGUGGCCCCCUGGAAAACCAGGAUGCCAAACUGCUGGAAGGCCACUUCAGGGUGGUCCGGCGUUCCUCUCAGGAGCAGCAGAGCAACUGGGAACAAAUCAACACCUUUGAGAAGGAGAAGCGGGAUUACGUCUUCUGUCUCCACAAGGGAUGGGAGCUGAUGAAGCCUAAAAAUACAGUUGUUCUGGAAGAUGAUGCUUUACCAAGAAAUGACUUUUUCAUUGUCCUAAAGGACUUGUUGUCACGUAGGUUUGCUCUCCAGACUCUUUACAUCAAGCUAUAUCACCCUGAGAGGUUACAGCGGUACUGGAACCCUGAGCCAUACCGCAUUCUGGAGUGGGUGGGGCUUGGGUUGGUUGGAGCAACGGCCCUUCUUCUCAGCUUUCCUUACUGGAACCCCUGUUCUUUCUCAUUCACCCUGUCACCUACCCAUCUCCUCUUUUUCACUCUAUACAUCAUGACUGCUGCAGAGCUGCUGGGGCGGCAUUACCUUCUAGAAGUCCGGAGACUUUCCCCACAGCUGUAUGCCGUCUCCCCAGCUACCGAGUGCUGCACCCCAGCCAUGCUGUUUCCCGGCAAUGCCUCACUCAGGGUGGCUGAGUAUCUGGACAGUUCGUUCUGCUACAAAGGGAAUGCCAAAGAUACUGUUCUGUAUCAAAUGACUAGGACAGUCCCUGGGCAGAGAUCUCACAGUGUAGAACCCAACCUCAUCACCCACAUUGGCGCUUAUUCCUCAGUCAGAUCUAACCCACCCCGGCCCAGGCUCCUCUGACACAACCAGAAGGUGAAUGUCUUUUUCGUUUCAGAUUGAGCUUAAUCAGGUUUCCCGUCGCUCUGUUCUGCUUUUUACCAGCUGCUGGACUUUUCAGAAAUUUCAGCACAUUGCUCAGUGAGUGUCGGUUUGGUGAAGCAUCAAGGGCACAAGGUCUGUGUAAGGGCUGGUUAUGCUUUUUCAGAACAACUUCUGAUGAGGUUGAAAGCACACAAACAUGCUCUCACCAUAAGUCUUAAACUGUUUUAUAUAACUGUCAGAUGGCAGAAAGUGACACUUUUGACCCACACCUUGAAACCUAUGCCACCUCUUCAUGAGCAAAUCAUCAAAUCCACUUUCACCGAGCUGUGUGCGACCAGAUCAGGCACCAUACUGUAUCACCAUCCUGGAAAACUCCUUUGAUCAGUAUCACUAAUCAGGCAAAAAAAAAAAAAAAAUUGUUUUUAAUUACACGUUUCUUGUCAGUCUUUAACUUUUAACAACAAUAACAGAUACUGCCAGAAUGCCUAAAGUUUUCCUUUUUCAGAGAUAUAGAUUCUUUAUUUAAUAUGGUGUGUAAUAUGAUAAAAAUGAGACUAUUGAAGGAUCACGAUGAAACAAAGUUGAUUAUCAUUAUGAUUUUUUUUUUUUUUUAAUCAAACUUUAUUCAGUUUCUUACAGUUAGGAGAGAACAGCUCAUCAGACUAUACCUAAAGUUUCUAAAAUGUAGCUACCGUGGAGCGCUAUCGCUCAUUCAACCUGCCGCAGUCAUGUUCACAUGUUCACAUUCAUCUUUUACAAAUACAAACAUGAGAGCAGAAAAAAUGAUUUAAUUUUUGUAGAAGAGCUCAAUAUAUCCAUAUCUUUCCAUCUGGGAUUUGCUCUGUAUCAAUUGCUCCACCCUAGUUGCUAACAGUAAAUGCUGUUUGCCACAGAUUUUCUUUGAAGGUGGAGUCUCUCUCUGCCUCUUUCUUUCAAUAGUUGUUUAUGAGUGUGUGUGUGUGUGUGUGUGUGUGUGUGUGUGUGUGUGUGUGUGUGUGUGUGUGUGUGUGUGUGUGUGUGUGUGCGCGUGUGUGUGGUCACCAAACACGAGGCUUGGCUUAAUCCAGGUGAUGAUUUACUAUGAAAGACUGAUUCAUGUGUGAGGUUACAGUUUGUGAUUUGGGUGUGGAGUUUUUUUUUGUUUUACUUUUUUGGUGAUCACACAAACCUCUGCAGCACAUUCUUGCCCUACAGUAGUGUACAGUAUAACACUGUCAGUACAUGCACUCUGACACGGGGCAUUUCCACGCAACAUUUAAAUGAACAGUUUUACAGUUACUGUUGGUAACCUUUUACACAUUACACAGAAGGUUUACACCGAUAAGGGCACGUUUAUCGCUGAAGUGAAGUGCACUUAUUGAAACACUGCCUGUGAUUUUAUACGGUAGACAAAAACACCUUCUGUUUUCAAGCCAUGGGUUGUAAAUCUAAUCUCACGAACAGCUACCUGAUUGAGCAACAUUUCCAUUAAUUCUGUAUUUUUAAUCUUCCAUCUAAAACUAAAGCCCUGAAAAACAUUCCUAAAUAGGGAUUAAUAUUAAUAAAAUGGGCUGAAGUUAACAGAAUAUGAUCGUCCUCACCAUUUAAUUGUUCAUGUAGAAGAUAUGAAAAUAAAGGAACUCUAUUUUUGCAUUGUGAUAUAGAGCUGAUUAGCCUUAAGAGUCAUGCACACAGGAAGAUACUCGAAUAAAUGUGGAAACCAGAUAUUGUGAAAUGCUGAUGAAAUUUGGCAUCUCGCAGCGAAGACUAAUUGUGUUGUGAAACGAGGUGAGCAAGUGAGACCAGUGAGAGUGAAGAAAAUAAAAACAAGAGUUCACUUCAUAACUAGAGUGUGGACUAGAGACCAGCUGCCAGUGAAAGGCACUGAGCUAACUGCUAACUGCUGUUAGCAUGUGUGAGUGUUUAUCCAACAUAAGCGUCUCAUUAAGCACCUGAAAUAACCUUUUACUGAUGUCAUGUUUGCUUCUAAAUGUAUCUGAUAGGAGACAGCAGCCAAAUUUAAAACCAGUAUCCAGCAUGUGUUAUCCCUGCUGCUGCUGCUGGUGGCUCUGAAGGUACGAUACGUUUUUGUUAGUAGCUUCAAAUGAGAACAGAAGUUGCCUUAAAGAAGAGCUAAGACUGAAAAUGUGGAGAAACAGCGAGCAGUGCUCUGCUUUGUACAGCGGUAGCAGAAACAGCUCUCAAAGGUCACUCAUCAACAGGCCACACCUCAUUCUUUAAACACAAGGAAGUGUAAACGUGGUAUGUUGUAGUUUUAUGGGAGGUCAUAUUAUGGAGUCAGCUGGGAGCUCUGGUGCUGAAAGCUUUCUGUUUGGCAGUGAUUCUGUUACCCGACUGGCUGCAGGCUGUGGCUUCAUGAUUCAAGAGCAUCAAAGUGACUCUUGGUCAGAGAAGAGUCUCCUACAGGACGCAUAUUUUCAUAUUUUGGUGCUCUAUAUUGAGUAGCCUGCUGGACAGUUGUGAACAGCCCCGCCUCCCUGAAUGAACAAAGUCACUUCUAUUUCUACAUCACAAAAUCACAAAUUUGCCUUAUUUACUUAAAUCUUCAUGAUUUUAUUACAUUCCUCUAAAUUUAAGUGUGUUAAUUCAUUAGCAGAGUAAUAGAAUCUGAAAGCAUAAAUAAAAUGUUUCUUUUAUUGUUGUUUUUUUUUUGUUGAUGGGACAAAAUUUCUUUGGUAAAGGGCUGCUAAGUAUUAAUUGCCAAACCUGAUCUGACCAUUUUUAAUUUUUGUGACUAUAAUAAUCUGAUUACUGGCCUGAUCUCUUCUUAUGACUCUGAUUAGCAGUUUAAAAAUAAUUAUAUGUCUCACACAGUUAGGAUAUAAGUGAAAAUCUUGGAGUUUCAUGAAAAAUAUUAAAUAUUGAAUUGCAAUAUUUAUAUUUCAUUUGAAAGAAGAUUCACUGUAGCUGUGCAGAGCACUUCCUUUCUGCUUUGAUUUCUCACAUGCGGAUUUCAGCUCCUCAUAUCUCUGUGACCUACAAACAGUUAAGUUUUGUUAAAAUUGUGUGAAGUUGGAAUGUUUUUCUCUUUAAUGCAGCUGUUCAUCACAAUACAAACCAUAUCAAUAAUUAACACAAUGGAAAUGUAACUUUUUUUUGGUCUCAGUUCCUGCAUUGAGAUGUUUUUGCUGUCUGUUUUCCAGCUGCUUUUCUUUUGACUGUGAUCAGGUAACGUGAUGAUGGUGAGCUCUGACGCUAAAUGAGAGCAGUGAUAUUUUUGUACUCAAGCUAAAAAAACCUUUUGAGUUUCUGGUAUUUGAAUUUUUACUUCUGGUUUGGAUUUUGACGUGUCCUGUUUGCACUGAGACUCUUUCACUGUUUUACAAUUAAAAUCAAAGCGUCUGAAGGUU